CCGGGGAGGGCUGCGGUAUAAAGGCCGGGAUCGGCCCGCAGUCCUGUUCUCCAUGUCGCGCUUCCUUCGCGGUACGCGGCCUCUCUGUUCCCUCAGGCGGAGUUGCCUUCGUUCUUCGGUCCGACAAGCGGAGAUAUCAGAAAAAAUAGCCUCAAGAUGAACUUCUUCCUGGAGCUGCUCAAAGUCAUUGGACUUUCAACAUAUUACAUGCUGGAAUCACUGGUGUUUUUGUUUGUGCCUAAACGUAAGAAGAAUGUGAGUGGCGAAAUAGUAUUAAUAACAGGAGCAGGAAGUGGAAUUGGAAGACUCUUAUCCUUAAAAUUUGCCAAACUUGGAGCCACACUGGUUCUUUGGGACAUUAAUCAAGACGGACUCCAGGAGACGUGCAGAUUGGCUGAAGAAAACGGAGCAGUAAGAAUUCAUUCUUACAUCUGUGACUGCAGCAAAAGGGAGGAAGUCUACAGAGUAGCAGAUCAGGUUAAGAAAGAAGUUGGUGAUGUCAGCAUCCUAGUCAACAAUGCUGGCAUUGUCACUGGAAGGAGCUUUAUUGAAUCUCCAGAUUCACUUGUGGAAAAAACUAUGGAAGUGAACGCAAUGGCACACUUUUGGACUUAUAAAGCCUUCCUUCCAGCAAUGAUAGCUUCUAACCAUGGACACUUGGUUAGCAUUGCAAGCACAGCAGGACUGAUUGGAGUCAACCGUCUUGCAGAUUACUGUGCAAGUAAGUUUGCAGCCGUCGGUUUUGCAGAGUCCAUUAGUUACGAGAUGAAAGUUCUGGGAAAGACUGGUGUUAAAACCACAACUGUAUGUCCUUACUUCAUAAACACGGGGAUGUUCGAUGGCUGCAGUACCAGGUGGCCGUUUCUGCUCCCCAUUUUAGACCCAGGCUAUGUGGCUGAAAAGAUAAUGACUGCUAUUCGACGAGACCAAGAAAUUUUGGUACUACCACGCAAUUUGUAUUUCUUCUUUGCUUUGAAAUAUAUCCUACCAGUGAAAGUAGGCGUUCUCCUUGCGGACUUUGCUGGAGCCCUCCAUUUCAUGGAUAGCUUCAAAGGCCGCACGAAGAAGGACUGAAAAUUGCACAAAACUCAGCAACUGAAAAGCAGACAUUGUUAAAGGUAGUGGUGGGAAAGGUCUGCUUCUCUAGCAGCUGUGAACUUAAGGUGCCUCACUUCUACUUAAUAACAUUUUUAAGGAAAUUGAUUUUAAUUAGCUCUUAAUCAACAGCUUUCAUGUGAGCUUUUUUUAUCCAAUGCACUGAUUUCUUUUUCCCUCAUUAUGGAAGUAGGAAAAUUGAAAUGCAUUCCUUUGGUAAUAUCUGUUAUAAUGCCUUAAAUAUCAUUCUGCUUCACAAACCAGUAAUUAGCAGUUUGAGGGGAGAUAAUCUCAGGACUCACAGGUGUGUCUAUGGAUGUCAUGGGGAACAAAAGAAUGUAAAUGACAUUUGUGCUGCUAAUUGACUUCUUGUCUAAUUUAUUUUAAAAGCUAAUACUAUGCCUGCAACUUUGCAAUGAAAUCUUUAUAUGAGUGCAAUAUUUUAGGAACAAUUUUAACUUUUCAUCUCCUAUGUAGAGCUUGUAGCUACAAAGCAUAAUACUACCAGUAGAGAUGGGAUGUCAAACAUCUUGCCAAGCAAGACAACAGAAAUACCUUUGCUACUAAAACCAAAGGUAUUACAUGGUGUAAUUAGGGCUUCUCCUGGGACUGUUUCAGAAAGGAAUUAUGCUGUGUGAAUAGUGAAUAGGUUCACUAGAACUACAGCUUGAGUAACAGCAGAAUGUUUUGCUCCUGAAUUGGGAAGCAGGCUGUCUUCUAUCUACAGAGACUUGUUUUAUUUGCCUUUUCUCUUAGGACUAUUCUCAGGUAUGCUGUGGAGGAGGCCUUGUCCUUUUUGACAAUGACCACUUAGAGGCCCCCUCCAACCUGACUUUCAUUAAACCCUCACAAAAAAAAAGAAAAAGGAAGAUUAUAUAUUAUGCUAUUUAUAUAUAUGCUGGUUAAACCAAUCUCAUGUCACAGUAUUCCACUGGCAAUUGGCAAUGCCUA